AUGUCGCUGGGAGAGCUGAGAGGCAACGAAGGAAAAAUUCCUGCCACAGUGCAGCAGACUGGGUGUGAGAACAUUAGCGAAGUCUCCCUGAGGUCAGGGAAGGUGUACCAGAGCCCCAGCCCACCUGCAGUGUCCCUAGCAUCUAUACCUGGACCAAGCCACCAAGAAGAAGGAGAGUCCAGUGGAGCGGAUCAAACGAAGGGGAAAAAGAAAGGCAAAGCGAAGGUGGGCCGUGAGACCACAAGAGAAAGUCAAGGUGAAGAAACCGAGAAGGUCAAACCAUAUCCAUACCGCGGAAUGGUGACCAGGAAGAGAGACGCCACAAUUGACGUGGCCAGUAUGUUCAAAGAUGUGGAAGUCAAGGUGCCACUCUUGACGGCACUGAAAAUGCCCCCAAUCAGCAAGUUUAUAAAGGACUACCUGGCGGGGAAGGUCAAUGAGGAGGGGAGAAUGAUUACAGAGGAGAACGUCUCUGCCGUGAUCCAGAGGAGCGACCUCCCAUCAAAAAAGAUCGACCCAGGAAUGUUCACGCUCCCAAUUUCGAUUGGGGAUAUUCAAGUGGAGCACGCCAUGUGUGAUUUAGGAGUGUCUAUCAAUGUUCUGCCAUACUCCAUUUAUAAGAAGCUGGGAGAGGCCAAGCUAGUCGAUACUGAUAUAAUGAUACAGUUGGCCGACAGAUCUUGUAUUCACCCGGAGGGAAUUCUGGAAGAUGUAAUCGUGAAGGUGAAUGAUUUUCUAUACCCAGCAGACUUUUUCGUCAUCAAGAUGACAGAGCCAGCAGCAAAGGAGUCGAGUGGAGUUCUACUGGGAAGGCUGUUCCUAUCCACGGCCAGCACUAUAAUUGACGUCCGUAAUGGGACAAUCAGCUUGGAUUUCAAUGGAGAGGAGUUCACGUUCAAUAUUGAUGACGCUAUGAAGAGACCAGCAGACAUCGAGAACGUGUACUCAGUAGAUGUGGCUGAGUUGCUAGUACAGGAAUAUCUGGAGGAGGAAUUCCUACAGAGGCAGUUCACUGACUCCGCUGCAGAUGAAGAGGUCGAGAAAGAAGUCGCUGAAUGGUACGAAGCCAUGAACGUCGGUGAAAUGGAUGAUCAAGCCAUCGCGAAAGUGAUGAUGGAUUUUUGCGAUCGCCCGCGACCAGCUGGGUCAAGCGGGAAGGCUCAAGUGUCUAGCCUCGAAAAGUUGCCUGAUCAAGGCAAGUCACUGAGAAGAGAAACAGAAGAAAAUCCAUUGCCUACUGAAGUGCCGAAACCCGCAAAGGAGUUAAAGCCUCUUCCAGCACAUUUAAAGUAUGCCUAUCUGGGAGAAGACGAAACAAAGCCAGUCAUCAUCAACAGUCAGUUGACCCAGGGGCAGGAAGACAGAUUGCUGGAAGUACUAAAGCGCAACCAGAAAGCCAUAGGAUGGAAGUUGACAGAUCUGGUGGGCAUCAACCUUGACUUGUGCAUGCACCACAUCAGAUUGGAGGAAGGAGUUAAAACGCAUCGUGACCAGCAACGCAAACUUAACCUCCACAUGAGAGAAGAAGUGCUCAAGGAGAUAGUCUAG